AUGGGAAAUAUCAAUGAUAGACCACGGUUUGAGCAUGGAGAUAUCUACCUUGAACUCCAUCUACCUUAUGCAGUCUCCGGUGAAAGAUUCACAGGCAAUGUUCAUAUUAAUCUUUCUCAGCCAUAUCCGGUUAAAGCAUUGGAUAUUGGGAUAAAAGGCAAGGAAAAGAUUAGAUGGGACAGAAGAAGAACAACUACAGACACCUUUGAAACUGAAAGAGUCUGGAAAAGUGAUGAGCCUAUCUUCAAAAUCUUUGAGAUUUAUCAAUUUGAAGAUGCUGUUGCUCUCCCUGGCCAGUACACUAUUCCAUUUAGCAUCUUAAUACCAAAUGGAUUACCCUCAAGUGUUUAUUAUUCUGGGAGAUCUAAUUCUAAGGCAGUUAUUGAUUAUUCUAUCAAGGCAAUCAUGAGGCAACCAAAAGGCACAAUGGCCAAAGAGAUGUCGUUUAAGUCUUCUCUAACAAUGCUUGAGGAGCCUCCACAUAUUUCUCAAAGUAUUAGUGAUUCCGUAGAGGCUCCCAUCAUGAGCGGAUGAGGAUGCGUCAAUAAUGGGACAGUCAAGUUUAGAGUGAGGUUCCCUAAAGACUCAUAUGCAAUCAAUGAGGUCUGAAAUCUUCAAUGAAGUGUUGAUAAUUCCCAGUGCAACUUGCCAGUCCAAAGUAUUAGAGUGAAAAUAAAGCAAUACGUCAAUCUUAGAGGACCCUUAUGGCAUACUCUAGAUAGAUCCUAUACUAAAUUAGAGAAAGAUUGUGAUGGUGUUGAAGCUAAUCAAUCAACAGGAGAAUUCGGUAGAAACAUCAGCAUUGACUUAAGUUCCAUUCCAGGAACAAUCAACGAAGGGAUAUUUCAUGGAAUAGUUACUGAUCUUGAUGAAGAACGUGAAUUAACAGAAUAUAUCCAACCUUCUACAAAUGGUAAAUAUACUACAAUUUCAUAUAUCCUGUCUGUAAAGCUGAUCUACAACGUAGAAUGUGGAGAGGCGCCAGGGUGUGAAAUCCCUCUUUAUAUUCAUGCUGCUAAACUCCCUCCUCAAAAUCUUAUUCAAGCUCCAGAAGGAUGGAAUCCUGUGAUACUAGGAGAUGAACAGUAUGGAUUGCCUGUCGAUCCUCCAGAAGGAUUACUAAUCCAAGACGAGCAUUCUGAUAUCUCCUUGCAAGCACCUCUCCCAGCUGCAGACUUUCCAGCUCAUCCUGCAGCUCCAUUGAAACAAAAGAAGGAAGGGCUUGAGGAGACACUUUUGUAA